UGGAUGCAGGCGCAGCUCGCUCGGUGCCCGGCUGCAGGAAUGUCCCGGUCCCCUCGUGAUUGGCUGCGGGAUGCUGGAGUCAGUUUUCACGGGGGCUGAUCAAAAAGUUCCCUUCGGCUCUCCAAAGUCGCUGUCUGAGCAGAGGCAUCGGCCGGGCGCUGCCGCAUUCCUGGGGAGAACGUCUGGGAUGAGAGCGCUUCUCCCGGCCGGGACAGCCGGGCGGGGACGGGCUCCGCGGAGCCGCGCCGCCGCUUUCCCCCGCAGCCCGGGCUGAGCGGCCGUGCCUUCGGGCAUGCUCCUCAUCGCUGAGGACACGAUGUCGCAGUACUCCACCAACUUCCUGCUGCUGCCCAUCCCGGAGUACCCCGCGCUGGACUGCGCGCCCAACAAGAUCAUCAAGCUGGUGGUGCUGGGCGGCAGCAGCGUGGGCAAGACAGCCCUGGUCGUGCGCUUUCUCACAAAGAGAUUUAUUGGGGACUAUGAAGCCAACACUGGUGCUUUGUAUUCCAGGAAGUUCACCAUAGAUGGGGAGCAGAUCUCUCUGCAGGUGCAGGAUACUCCCUUUGUCUCAUUGGAGGAUGACACGGACAGCAUCUGCUGCCAGGAGCAGAUAAACCGCUCGAUCUACUGGGCCGACGGCUUCGUCUUCGUUUACUCCAUCACGGACUACGAGAGCUUCCGCGUGCUGCGGCCGCUGCACCAGCACAUCCGCAGGAUCCACCCCAACGCCAACAUCCCCCUGCUGCUCAUGGCCAACAAGGGCGACCUGCUGCGGGCCAGGCAGGUGUCCUCCAAGGAGGGGCUGCAGCUGGCCACCGAGCUGGGCGGCACCUACUGCGAGGUGUCGGCGCGGGAGAACUGCGAGGGCGUGCACGAGGCCUUCCAGCAGCUGUGCCAGGAGCUCAGCAGGAGCAGCGGCAGCUGCAACGGGGAGAAGAGGAGAGGUCUCCACCUGGUGCGGCCCAAGUCGCCCAACAUGCAGGACCUGAAGAGGCGUUUGAAGCAGGCUCUGACUUCCAAAGGCAAAUCUGCCACCACGCUUUGAUGCGGCCGCCCAGGAGUUUUGUUCCGGAGCCCUGGAUAAAAAGGCAACUAUGAGUUCAUGGGCCCCAAGUUGGGCAACUCCCUGGGGGCUCCCCUGGCAGGGCAGAUCCUCCUGGAGCAGUUCUGUGUCAGGAAGGAAGAGACGCAUUGGACAUUUUUGGUCUCCAGGUUCUUGUUUUAUUGGUAUCUAAUCAUGACUUCAGCACACUGUCUGCACCCAGACCUUGCAUGCGUGAAAACAGCACAAAAAUGACCAACAACCUCGUGCUGCAAGGUCUUUUGAAGCCUAAUCAAAAACUAAACUACCCAAUUAAGAAGUGACAUCUAAAUUAUUUUCCUUUCUAACCCAAUAACUGACC